CUCCUUCAUGACCACGACCCGCCGCUCCGUAAACUCAUGCUGGGACCUCAUCACUCAAUAUUCGCGUCUGAAUCGCCUGCUCCGAAUAACGGCGUGGAUACGACGCGGCGCGCUUCGCUUCAAGAGAACUCCCUGCUUAACACUCUCACUAACACCAGAGGAAAUUCGCUCCGUUGAACGCUUUUGGGUGCACGAGACGCAACAAGCAUUCUUCAAACCUGAAAUCGACCUUCUAUCACAAGGAAAUCCUCUUCCUCGCGCCAAUCCUCUUCUCAAGCUCGCGCCCUUCAUAGACCACGAAGGCCUUCGCAUUAGCGGACGCCUUAAGAAUUCUCUGCUCGACUCUGACUCUAAACAUCCCGUCAUCCAUCCUCGCGACUGCCAACUAUCCGCGCUCCUAAUCGACGAUGCUCAUCAACGCAUCCUACACGGUGGCGUCCAGGUUACGCUCGCCAAUCUUCGUCGCUGCUACUGAAUAUUAGGAGGCCGCGCUCCGGUCAGCUCCCACAUCCGACGAUGCGUCCGAUGCACUCGACAUCGCGCGAUAACCGCUCAACAGAUGAUGGGACAGCUCCCUCCGCCUCGAGUGCGACCGGCUCGCCCAUUCCUCCACACCGGCGUGGAUUACGCCGGCCCUUUCCAUCUUCGUACUUGGCGAGGACGCGCCGCCCGACAAUACAAGGGAUAUCUUGUGGUGUUCGUCUGCUUCUGCUCCUCCGCGAUUCACCUCGAACUGGCCACGGACUACACCGCCCAGGGAUUCCUCGCGGCCUACAAAAGAUUCUCCGGCCGUCGGAGCAUCUGCGCCAUCCUCACCAGCGAUUGCGGCACAAACCUGGUGGGUGCUGACGCCGAGCUCCGCAGACUUUUCAAGGCAGCUUCCAAGGAAAGCGUAGAAAUUGCCAACUCUCUAUCCACCGACGGCACCGCCUGGCAUUUUAACCCUCCCGCUGCACCUCACUUCGGCGGCAAAUGGGAGGCUGCCGUAAAAUCAGCGAAAUUCCACCUCAAACGGAUCAUAGGAGAUGCAGUGCUAACCUACGAGGAAUUCAGUACGCUGUUGACUCAAAUAGAAUCCAUCUUAAACUCACGACCUCUUUGCGCUAUUUCAAAAGACCCAGAAGAUCUCGAGGUACUGACACCGGGACACUUUCUUAUCGGUGAGCCACUCGCCACGAUCCCGGAGCCCUCCUUGAAUGACGUCUCAACCUCCCGGCUAACUCGCUGACAAGUGUUGAGGCAACUAAUCGAUCGAUUCUGGCAGCGCUAGUUGGCGGAAUACCUCCAACGCUUGCAGGCUCGAGACAAAUGGCAAAGACCCCAACAACAAAUCGCGAAGGGCGAUCUCGUUUUCAUCGUGGACGAACGAUUGCCUCCGUCCAAAUGGCCGCUCGCACGCGUCGUCGAGACUCACCUGGGCAAGGACAACCUCGUGCGCGUCGUCACCGCACGCACCGCCACAUCCACGUUCAAGCGUCCGAUACACAAACUUUGCCGACUUCCAAUCGCCAACUAAUAUCGCAUAACUUUUCCAUUAAUCAUCGCGUUCGCGCUCCGGUCUCAGCCUUUCAUAAAAAAAAACCCUUGCAUUAAAUCGGGUAUUCAUCGUCCUACCAUGAAUUCAGCGGCCCCCCAGCCCCUGAGGCGGACGGUAAUGUUCUCUUCUGCAUAUCGAUUUCGCCCAAUUCGCGUUAGUUAUUAUAUUAUCGUUUCCGUUCGCGUUCGUCCUGGCUGAAAUCUCCAAGCCGCGAACUCACUUUUUCGUCACAACACGCUCUCCUCACCGCACGCUCCCCGCUCCUAACCGAAAUCAGCUGAGCAGCGGCUGUCGCUCAGAUAUCCGCGGUAAGCGGGCUAGCGAGGUGUAUUGGAAACGAGUUCGAUAUUCCGAAUCUAUUGUCUCGAGUCUCGAUCAGUGAUAAUUGUGAAGUUCUUGUAAACCUCCAUCAAAUAAAUCAGUUAAAACCAAA